AUGAGAAAAGACAUAGCGGCAGUCCUCAUCCUGACCACCCUGUUUCUAGGGUCUCGAAGAGGAUCGGCUUUUCUGCUCGACAUGGACUGCGGAAGGUCGCUUCCAACCAGGCUCACUCCGAACAUCUACAGUGGUAACAGGACUGACAUACUGGCGAAUCCUUGGAUGGUUUCGGUGAUAGUGAAGGGCGAGGCCAAAUGCAGCGGCUCGCUCAUCAACCAUCGAUUUGUUUUGACGGCAGCACAUUGCGUAUUCAAUGAUCAAAUGCAGGUGCACUUGGGCGAGUUCGACCCACUGAAUCCUGGAGAUUGCGGUGCGGGUGCUCGCAUACCAAACGCAUAUUGUGUUAGAGUCGACAAGAAGAUCGUUCACGCGCAAUUCAUCCAAACACAAACCCAACAGUAUGACAUAGGCUUACUUCGGAUGCAACAUGCGGUGCGGUACUCAGACACUGUCCGCCCCAUUUGCCUGGUCAUCAAUGAGUCAGUGGCAGCUAUUGACCGAUUCCAAAUCACUGGCUGGGGCACAACUGAAGAAGGCAAUCCCAUCUUUUCGCGGUUUCUAAAGAAUACCGUUGUGGAGCGCAUUGAUCGCGGUCGUUGCAGCUCGAAGUUUCAGGAGCAGGUGGACGAGUCCCAGAUAUGCGUCGGCAGUUGGAUGAGCGACACAUGCAGAGGAGAUUCCGGUGGUCCCAUGAGCGCGGAUAUACUGUACAGUGGCAGGUAUCGCACCAUCCAGUUCGGCAUCAUCAGCUUCGGCUUAAGUUCCUGCGCAGGCUUAACUGUCUGCACCAAUGUGGCUCAGUACAUGGACUGGAUCUGGGAUGUUCUGAAUAGCUCGUCGGCAUGAGCAUAAUGAUCUUUGUUGUAAUGUAUUUAAACCCUGCAUACCCUGCAGUAAAGGCAAGAGAUGCUA